GUGUUUCUGUCGAACGCCGGCUAACCCGGAUGAUAAACAGAUAGCUUGUCAGAUGAGCGAAAGUAGAAAAUCGUAUGCAUUUUAAAAAGCAUUUCUGUUGAUUAUUUUAAAAUAUCAAAUGAUGAUUAUAUCCACAAAGUUGAGCGAACGUUCACCAGUUUAUCAUGGCUGUUUUAGAUGCUUUUAAUGUCCUGUGAAUGCUGACUUUUACGCCCUCACCAUGGUUACUCAGCAUUAACGAUCAGCUAUAGUGACACGACCUCCAUUUAUGGAUGUUAUUUAAAGUUUAAAUGACUUAAUAUAGUUUAAUUAUCACUUCUGCUUCACGUAAAAUCUACUAAAGGUAAGUACAUCUUGAAUGUCCUCACGAACGAGCUAAACCUGGCAAUGACGAGUUGUAGAUGAACCUCAUACUAUUUUCUACUAAUUGUGAAAUUCUACAAUCAGUUUUAUACUUUAUACGCAAUAUAAUACGUAUUUCUAUGCAGAUUAGACGUUUGUUUUAACUUGUAAUGAAUUCGGCAAUGUAAUGUAACGGUUUUAUGCGGCAUAGUUUUGCAUUUUGAUGUCAAGAAGUGCUGAUAUGCCGUUCACCUCUAAUCCCUCUGACGGGCUGUUUAACAGUGAACUACCUCGUGUUUUACCAAAGAAAAUGGUCGGUUUUUAGUUUGAAUCCUUGACAGUAUACCACAGAAGGUAAAUGAUGGACAAAGUUUUCUCUUUGACAUUAGGUAGUCAUGAAACAUACUGUCUAUUCUCCAAGCGAAAGUCAUCUUACUGGAAGAGCUUAAAUUAGCAAUAAUUUACAUGGAGUUUGGUGGGGGAAUUUCUCUCCGCACGUUUUAACCAAGCACAGAAACUGGCUGUUGUAACAGAGAGAAGGCAUUUACAUUGAAUCUGAGUGAUAAAAUAAGUCAAUUAACCAAAUGAAAUGUUAGUGAAUAGGAUAUUUUAAGUUAUCAUUCCCAGUUGCACCGUUAGGUGGAGCUGAUGUGUGGCGGAUGCUUCAUUUAAAUCACUUUACCAUAUAUUUCAUGUUACACACCUCUUCUUGUGGUUCUUUGUUUCAGCAGGAUGAUCUCUCAGGUCUUCAUCUUGUCCUCUAAAGGUGAUCACCUCAUCUAUAAAGACUGUAUCCUUCAUUUCUUCUCAAUUACAACAAUAUGCACUUGUUUCCUCCCCAAAUACACCCAAAUCUAACCUUUAAUACACUCCAAUGUACACGUUUUUUUUCUUUUAAAUUAAGGAAAUAUACCGCCUUGUUAGACUUUAUACCCCUUAUUGUAUUGUGCAAAUUACAUAGUGCCAUAUUAAACCAAACAUAAAUUUGUACAGAGCUUGUCUUGAAUAAUAUCUGUGUUUUAAGUCCUUAAUCCAACCGUCAGUUCGAGGAGAAGCGGGAAGUGAUGCUGUCAAUAUUUUCUACCAGAAGGUCACAGCCCUGACUGGAGACCAGCCUCCCGUUGUCAUGGUAACCCCGUGUUUAUGUGUGUGUUUGUGUUCAUGAUGUUUUGCGGCCUUUAGCUGAAUGAAUUUUUCACAUUCAUCAGAAACAUUAGGAGUGUCAUGUGAUGUUACGUCCCCUAAUAAGGACCUUAAAUUUGUCACAAGUCCUGUUGAUCCUUUGUUUACAGAGCCACAAAGAUCUGCACUUUGUCCACAUCAGACAAGGAGGGCUAUACUGGGUCGCCACGACAACAGCAGACUCCUCCCCCUUUACCAUCAUUGAAUUCCUCAACAGGUAAACAUCAACACAUUUCUUUUAAUAAAGUCAAAUUUAACAUGAUAAGGACAUGUCACAUGUGAAUCAGAUAAUGUUUAGAGUCUUGAUAGAAAUGCUCCAUCGCUCACUCCUCCCAUGAUAGUGGCCUUUGAGGACAAGAAGUGUGUAAUCACCUUAAUAUAAAAAUCACUUUGUUAUUUGAGUUCUGCCAUCUUGCACUGCCAUGUUUCUAUGGUAGCACAGAAUGGACAAAUUAGUAACAUACCUACGCUUUUUUGUAGCUACAUUAAAUGUGCCGGUUAGAAGAAGAAGAGACUGAAAAAAAAAGAAAAAACAAGCUUUAGAUAGGUGUUUUAAUGGUUCAAAUGUAAGGGGAGGGGAACAAGGGAGCAUUUCAGUCUGGAGUCUAUGUUUUAGAGAUGGCUAAACACAUACUGUACCUUAAAUAUGAAUAAAGUGAGAGGUUAAAAAGUCUAUUCUGUGUGGUUGUUAUUGGAAAAUGAAGAAGACUGCAGCACUAGAAAGAAAGUGAACCCAGAGUUUUACCUUUAUUAUAUAAGUGGAUGAAAUAAUCUGCUCUGAUCUCUGUCUCAGACUAACAGCUCUGGUUAAAGAUUACUGCGGCAGCCUGUCGGAGAAAUCUGUGCAGAUGAACUUCGCCCUCAUCUAUGAGCUGCUGGACGAGAUUGUGGUGAGUCCUGUGAACUCACCGUCAGAUGGGGGUAAAUGUGCAGCGCUAACGUUUCCCCCAGUCGUUGAUAUUAAUGAUGUGGUCGUGAUUCCUCAUCAGCUGAAGCAGAUGACAUCUUUAUUGUGUAAAUCUUAGCAAACGUUGCCUCUGAGGAAGGUUUCAUUCUAGCAUUUUACCCCUCGAUGUCGUUAGAUAUCCUCAUUCUACAGACUGCCCCUUUAAAAUGAAUUAAAAAAAGACAUCAUGAAGCUGCUGGGAUCAUGAAAACUGCAGCAGCUGGAGGAUGUGAAAGGGAAUAACUUCAUCAGGUUUGGUGAUAACUCUCCCCCAUCUGUCUUUGUGUGUUUAUAAGGAUUACGGUUACAUCCAGACAACAUCCUCUGAUGUCCUGAAGAACUUCAUCCAAACUGAAGCUGUUUCCUCCAGACCGUUUAGCCUCUUUGACCUCAGCAACGUCGGCCUGGUAUAAUGAAGCUAAAAAAACUGUAGCUGUAAGUUGUCCUCUAACGAAGAGCUGCGGUCCUUUCAACAGCUCUCUUUUUGUCGUGUUUCUGUAGUUUGGAGCAGAGACCCAGCAGAGUAAAGUGGCUCCGAGCUCUGCAGCCACCAGACCCAUCCAGUCCAGCAGAGAGCAGGUAAACCACGUCUCACCUGUGGUCCUAAAACUUCAACAGGAACACAUCUAAAUAAUCUCUAACUGCUUAUAUUCCUUUAGCUUCUACUUCACCUUAGUUCUUGAGAGGAUAUCUGGAACAAAAUUACUUAGAAGUGGUCAGCAAGACAAAUCAAAUCACUAGUUUUGGAUUAUUUUCUGGAUUUUCACAGAAACAUUAACAUGAAAAAGAAAAGAGGAAUAAGCAGUUGAAGGUAGACGAGCUGUGGAGCCUGAAAUUCAAGCACAGCCUCUUUUGCUGCAUUCACUGAAAACUGUUUUUCUUUAAGUGUCUUAACUCUUUUGGUCUGAAAAGUUAUUCUGAGAGAGUUUUAUUGAUUUCCAAUUAAAUGUAUCAGCAGUUAUUUGAUUAAUCCGUCAGUAAAAUGACAAAAAACUCUCUGGUGUCGUGUUUUCAUGCUAAAUUUAAAAAUCAGCUGGUUAAACUUCUUGACUGUAAAGAAAUAUCUCUUAAUUUUUGAUCUGUCUUUGUGUUUACGUGCAAAAAUGGACUCAGUGAUUAUUGGAGGAAAUCUUAAACCCUCUAAAUUACGCAAAUACCUAUAAUACAACAGAUAUGAGCGUUUAUCAUCUACAUUAAGCAUCAAUUAGACCUUCAAUUAUAACAUCAGUCUGUCACUGCUGAUGAGUCUAAACUGUUUUUGUAAACGGGUGGGAGUUUUAAAAAUAACCUGUAAAUGUUCCAGUAAAUAGUCCCGUUCCAUGUGGACUGUGGACUUCCUGAGACAAUGUGAACAUUUUCCAUGAAUGUGUCCUUUUUUGUUUUUGUUUUUCCAGGGAGGAAAGAGUGAGAUAUUUGUGGACGUGGUUGAGAGGAUGUCAGUCGUCAUCGGCUCCAACGUGAGUGACCAAAACAGGACAUAAACAGCAGUGACCAUCUGAAACACUUAAAACACUUUUAAGGAGGACUUUUAUUUUUUUUUAUUAUGUCUUGAGGGUAGCUGGGUAGUAGUAAAAGGAAUCAAACCUGUGCAGAGUCAUUCAACUGGUUUCACCCUCAAAAUGAGACCACUGUACGAGCAAAGUUUGUGAUCAGAAGAAAGCAAACCUGACUGGAAAACAAGUUCACAGGUAACUUCACUCUGACUCAGGUGUGUGAACAGUUUGGAGGCAGGGGAAACUGUCUACAACACCCAUCAUUCCCACCUGUGCAGAAUGUAGUUUGUCAUUGUCUCGCUGAAAUAUGAAGGUCUUCUCUGAAAUAGUUGGCAGACGUGAUGUGAUGCUGUCUAAGGGCCUGAAGAUCAGGACCAUCCAGUCUUAGUUUUGGUCCUUGUUACAGACCGCUAAUUCUAGUCCUCGAUCAGUGGAAUUUAUGUCAUGAUUACUAGAAAGUAUGAACCGUCAGCAGACAGUGUUUGUAAAGGUUUAUUUUUAUGAAUCAGCACAAGUAUGUCUUAGAGGUGGUUUCAGUUAUGAUCCUUACAAGAAUGAUUUCUGCUGCAGGGAGUCAUGAUGAAGGCCGACAUCGAGGGAGAGAUUAAAGUCAAAUGCUACAUGCCGAGCUGCUCAGGUGAGAUUUUGUAUCAGCCGGAUUUUCUGUCUGGUGGUUGAAUUCAUAACUAAAACAAUAAUUGAGUCAAUCUAAAGAAAAGUGAUUAAAACACACAGAGAGACUCUCCUCUAUAAGCUGAGUCUGGACAUGGGUAAUGCAUGACUCUAAAAUAUGAACCUCAUGUAGAGGAGGGCGAGGUUUGCUUCAGUAAGAAGUUCUCAUCAUGAAGCUUGAGAUUCUUGUAAUUCUUUGACAGUUCAUCGAAGUUUUCUGUUUGUCUGUUUGGACCUGACAGUUAUAAAAAUACGACUUCAACAUUUUCUCUCUGAUUGAAACAGAAAUGAGGAUCGGACUGAAUGAGGAGUUCAGCAUCGGAAAGUCACAGCUCAGAGGUAAAACACACACACGAUCUGUCAGACUCACUUAGUGUGAAUUUAAACACCAGAUAUCUGCAGCAUCUAUAAAAAGGUCAAAUAAAAGUCAUAAUAUUAGGAAAACAAAGUCUUAUAUCGUGGGAAUAAAGACACUUUAUUAUGAGGAUUAAUAGAUAAUAUGUUAGAUAGUCAUGGUAUUACAGUAUAAAGUAGUUCAGGUUCUGGACCAAAAUGAGGACCUUGGAGUAGCUGGUUAAAGUGUCCCUAAUGUUUUGUCCCCUCAGAUCCACAUUGUUGUAAGUAUCAGGACUCUGAGACAUGCGGUAUCCCCCUUUAAAACAGGGUUAUGAGGCUAAUCAGGUAGACUUCGGCGGGUAUCAUUGAAGACCAAACCCUGAAGACCUGAGGACUCUAAUUAGCUCACAUAAAAAAAAAUAAAACCCGACCUUUAAUAGUUCUGUAAACCAAUAAAAGAACCAUAAAAUCAGGUCUAAUUUACAGCCGCCUGAUGCCGGUACAGAGACUUUAAGAUGGUCUAAUGUGGACUCUCUCUUUCUGGUCUUUGUCAGCAGUCUUACAGCUGAAUCUGGAGAAUCUGGAGAGACCAGAAAGACGAGUGUUAUUACAGUCAGGGACAUGACAGAGAAACGGACACGUUUUCACCAAGACCGACAAAAUUCACCAUCUUUGUUUCACAAACUUCAUCUACAACAUGAAGAAAUGAAUAAUAUUAUGGAGUUAAAACAGUAAAUUUAUCUUUUAAAACCCUCCAAAGACCUGGACUCUGAUACCAAACAUCCAAAAAGUCUGUUCAGUUUCAAUCGUAACAGUUUAAAAACCUUUAAAAAGACACCGACUCGUGUCUCCAGAUCUGUUAGUGAACUCCAGAGUGAUAAUAGACGACUGUAAGACACUCCUUAUCAAACACAGAAGACCUGUUUUCAUUCAGUCAGCGUUAUUAAACAGGUAAACAUCACGUCCUCCGCUCUUUCAUUUCCUGAUCCUGCUUUUUUAUAGCUCCUCUCAAAACACUGACAGGACACGACUGUAUUUUACUCAUAAUUCAUUUGACAACACAUUUAAAGGGGAAUUAAGGAGUCCUAAUCGAAGCAAUUUCCUGAAACCUUCAUGUGCUCAAACACGAUGAUGGAUGAAGCUCUUCUUACCUUCCAAUCAGAUUUAAAGCUUCAGUGAGGAGUUUUCGACAGUUAUGAGGCGAGACAAACAGUUUAAUUACUUCUCCUACAGCAAACACACACAGUGAGAGAUAAGAUUCACUGUAAAACGACAACAAGAGGAGCGUUUCUGUCACCCCGCACAUAGACUGGAUAUACUAUGGACAACUUGGUGAGCAACGCAGUCUUCGUACACCCAUAGGCUGUAUCAAGUGUCAAUCAUAGAAAACAUGAACCCUCUAAAAACUUUUAAAAAUGGAGCUGUGCAGAAAAAAAGAGAAAAAAGUUUGUCCACAGCCCCAUAGAGAUUGCUGGAGGAGGCGGGAUUUAUGACCUAUACUGCAGCCCAUCAACAGAGGGUGCUGUUCUCGGAGUGGCUUCACCCAGCGAGGAGGUAGACGGCGUCCAUUCUAUAUACAGUCUGUGACCCCGACUCAAAGUCAGCUACAAUAAAAGUUACCGCUUCGUCCACAGGGGGAGCCCAAAUCAACACAACAAGAGAUUUCCCCACAGGAGCUUUAAGAUCAUUAAAGUUCAGUGUGUUGUUUUUAUUUUGAGCUGAAUAGUUAAAAUCUCUUAGUCUUUUCCUGAUUUUAACUUUUUAGAGUUUCCUUUCCAUCUGUUUAGUCAGAACAAGCAGAGCAGAGCUGUCAGCUGUCAUCCUUAUUCAUGCUGCGCUGUGAUUCGCUUGUGUAUUUGAGGUUCCGGUUUAUCUUAACGCUUCAUUUGGUUUGGGAGUCACCCUUUUACUGUCUUUGUUUGAGAGUUUUUGUUCGCUAAUAAGCUCUCAUCAACUGAAAGUAAACAAAGAUCGGUUGUUCUGCUGUUUUGUAGAGCAAACUUUCGAGCCCGGCAGCAAACAGCACCCUCUGUUUUCUAAAACCAAGUGAGAGUUUCCAUGGCUGUGUGUUUGGGAUCUUUGUCUCGCUGAAAUGUCCACCAUCAUUUUUAUCAAGAAUCUUUCGGUACAUCUUUCCAUUCAUCCUUCCUUCAGUUAUAUAAAGUUUGUCGGUGCUGUAUGUUGAAAAACACCAUGAUGUUCCCACUUCCAAACUUGACUGAUGGUAUGGUGGUUUUGGGGUGAUGUUCAGUGCUGUGUGACCUCCAAACAUGGUGUGUAUUGUACCUGCUAAAUCCAGGUCUUUCCGAAGUUCUCCACACGUGGUCCUUGGCUCUUGGACGGCUCCUCUAAUAAUUCUUUUCACUCCUCUCUUGCGAGGAGCACCUGAUCGUGGUCGGUUUAUGGUGAAACGAUGUUGUUUCCACUUCCGGAUUACGGCCUCACAGGACAUUCAGAAGUGAAGAAAUCCUUCUGUAACCGACGCCAUCAGUUUGUUUUGCAACGAUAAGGUUACGAAGGUCUUGAGUGAGCUCUCUGUUUUUAUCAUGAGAUGUUUCUUGUUGACACCUUGGCAUUGGAGCUGAAGAGUUUCUUGUCAAACGGACCUGCUGUAGCAUGUCGUAGCGCCGCUAAACUGUUGACUCUUGGGUCCUGCAAAGUCCUGCAAACAUUGUGUUUGCUGGUAGUUUGUUGGCAUCUACAGUAGCACCAAUGUGUUUUACUUUCACCUUGACUGGUCCCCAUUUGUAAUUAUCUGAAGUAUUUAUCUGCAUUGUAUCUGAAUUUAAUUGAAAUGAUACGAGCGAGCAGGAGCUUCUGUUUGUGGGCGGGGCUUGUUGGAGCAGAGAGGGAGGGGAGAGGAGGAGCUGAAGGGAAAACUGGUUGGGAGGGGUAGAGUUUACGUUCAAGAUUUCUACCAAAAACUGGAAUUAACUCCGAUCCUGACUACACCACCUUAAAUUACGGACAUCUAAGGUUUGAUGUCUUUACAUGGGUUGUUACAGACAUCUGGUGACAAUUUCAUGUUAGUUGCAACUUUAGAAAUAUAUCUACUGAUAAAAAUGGUGACGUGUUCAAUACUUACUUUACCCGCUGUAUGUUCAAUAUUGAAUAUCUGUUGAUUUGUUCUAGUUUUGUCAUGUCUUUUAAAAGGUUCGUUGUUUUUCUGCCUCUUAGUAACUCUGACUUUUAAAGAUGUUGUGCAGUUGCUGUUAUGUUCGAUUUAUCAGGUUUCACGUCUCGUUUUUAGUGAAAGAUUGUGACUGAAAAGUCUGAAAAAUGUCAAAUUUAUUUAACAGUUUGAGUUUCCACACCAAACUCUCUUUUAACCGUUUGGAUAUUUGGCUUUAUGACGUUUGAGUAUCAGGUUAAUCUUUGUGAGCUCAGUUAAAAAUCCUCCAUGUUUUCUUUCAUCAGGUUACGGGUCGUCUGUUCGAGUCGACGAGUGCAGCUUCCACCAGGCGGUUCGGCUUGACGAGUUUGACAGCAACCGGAUUCUCCGACUGUGUCCCAGCCAGGGGGAGGUGCUCUUAGAUUCACUGUUAUACCGACUUUUUAUAUGUUUAUUUUCAUGCUUUGUCUUUGCGAUCACCUCAGAGUAAAAAGAUGAGUUUUCACUUUAAGAUCAAAGUCUGAAUUUAUAAUAAUAUUCAGUAUUUUUCAGUUGUUAUUCCAGACUGUGAUGUUACUGCUGCAUGACGCUUCAUCUUUAACAUGUAGCAGUAAAAAGUCAAACCGUUGUUCUCCUCCUCUUCAUCAUGUUCUCCUCCUUCAGCAAACAGUGAUGCAGUACCAGCUGAGCGACGAUCUUCCUUCAGCUCCUCCUUUCAGACUCUUCCCGACCAUCGAGAGAGACAGCGGAGGAAGGUAGACUCACCAUCAGAGACCAGAACAGUCCAGUUAAAGAGGCUGGACAUGAGACCGAACAGAUGCUGUAGUCAGUGUCGAUGCUGUCUGGUGUAUUUGGAUAGACUCUUCUUAAUAAAGGAUAAAAACAUACUUGACUUACAGCUUACUUAACCUCUGUUUGUGAUAAGAAAACAAAACAGUCAUCUCCAGAGAGCUGGCAGGGAAAAGUCUGGACACAGUCGGGGUGAAAAAUCAGGCUGUUUGCUUACAGACGUGCAGCUGACCUGUGAAAAUCCAGACAUUUUUAGGAGUUUUGUGCAUGUGUGAAAGCACUGCUGCUGAGAUUGAGUAGAAACAUGUGUGAAUAUCUGUGUCUGUGGUUUUUGACUGAAGGCUGGAGAUUAUUUAAAGAAAACAUCAGGACCUCAUCAGCUGACAUGGUUUGUUUCUGUGCAGGCUGCUGAUGUACCUGAAGCUGCGCUGUGAUCUGCCACCGAAGAGGUGAGUCUUUACAGGUGCCGUCCCGAAAAAUGAGAUUAUCAUGCUUUUUUUCCCCCUCAUUUUUAAAUUCUAUUAUUGAGCCUACUUUCUUUAGAUGGACGGUAAAAUGUCGACAGUAAACUUCCUGUCAGCUGUCUGCACCAUAGGCUGAGAUGUAUAAUGUUUAUGAUGAAGCACCUGAAAUUUAAGACUCUGUAGGCCAUUAUAAUCAAGUUUUAAUCAAACAAAAUUACAUCUCUGACCUCUAAGAUGUUUACACCCCCACACGUCCUUGAGGUCGGCUGAUCAGCUCCAACUCAUCGUCCCUAAAACCCAUUUAAAAACCUGUGGCGACCGAGCUUUCUCAGCUUUGGCUCCCAAAUUGUGGAAUGAAUCGCCACUCGAGAUUAAAACAUCCCCCCACUCUCUCUACUUUUAAAUCACGUCUUAAAACUCAUUGGCUUUUAGCUCAGCAUGAGAGUUGUGUGAUCUCUGCCCUUUUAUGUCUUUUACGGUCCUUUUAUCACCUUUAUUUCUUUUACGCUUUCAUUAAUUUUAUUUAAUUUUAAAUGUUUUUUCACCUGCUUUUAUUUAUUUCAUCUUGAUGUUUUCUACAUUGUCUGUUCUGUUCAUUUUAUUGUGCACCACUUUGUUCAAACUUGAAUGUUUUUUCAAAUGUAUAAAUAUAGAAACAAAGCGGAUUGGAUUGGAUUGGAAAAUGCUCAAAACACAAGAUAAGUCCAGAAUAUAUCAAAGUGUAGUCAACGGAAAUCAUUGAACUUCUUCAUGAUAGUGUAAUUUAGUGAGACGUACCUGUAAAGAGAACUUAAUUAUCGACAUUUAAUGCAGUUAGCCUGUUUAGUGUCAAACGUUAAAAGACAAAUCUCUUAUAUUUUACCGUUUUUCUGGAUACAAAAUAUAAAAAUAUAAAACUUCUCUGAAAAGUGUGUGAAAUGGGAAAAAUGUAGAAGUGUAAAUACUUAAAAAAUCUCACCUCUGUGGUCACACCAAGGUCAGAAAAGACUGCUAAGAGGAUUAACAGAUGAUGAUGAUGAUGAUGAUGGUGUGAUUGUUUUCCUCCACAGCACUGCCAUCAACGUGUGUGCGUGCAUCCCCGUCCCUAAAGGCUCUGUGAGGUGAGACGGGUCAUUCAAAUCAGCUGCUGCUCUGCGACUCUCCUGUUUGUUAUUUAAACGAGUCUGUAUGUAAAAUCUCCUCCUGAGGCUGUUCUGCUGUUCGUUGAUCACUCUUGAUUUGAAUAUGACUCAACGUUUUUUACCCUCCACAGCUCCGGUGUUUCUGAGUCGACUUUAUAAACUCACAGAAAGUGUUCAGUCCGGAUAGAGAGUCACUCAGAGACAGAGUGGUCCUGUGUGUGUGUGAGGAAAGGUUUAAAAACUGUCCGAUUGUAAAGGGAAGCUCGGCUUUUAAAUGACACAUUAACUCAGCAGACUGAGGCCCUCCUUAUUUGUUAUUUAAAACUUAUGGAAAUAAGAGUCAAUGACGUGUGGAGGGUUUGGCCCUCCAACAGGUGAGGCAGAAUCAAACUCUGACUUUUCUCAGGGGUUUCAGGACUCUUUCACUCCACCAAUAUUUUGCAUAUGAACCUAAACUGAAUCAAGUAAACCCUUUAAAUCACCUGAACUGAUUACACCGAGUGAAAACUGGUUCCCUAGGUCCACAACAUCAGGCAGACAUGGACAGAAUUAAAGACCGUCUUAUGAUGGAGGGGAUGAACACAUCCCACUAAAGCGACAGUUUCUCAGCUUGGUUUUGAUGUGUGUUGGAAAGUAUUGACUCUGUAUAGGCAAAGAGGGGCGUCCAGGACUGGUAAAUCUAGACUUUUGCCCUCUGACUGUCCAGUACAGUACCUGUAGUUUGUUGAACUCACAAUCCAUUUUGCACCAGGACCCGGAGAUGCUUGCUAAGACUCACUCUACACCCAGAGAGAGCAAAACACCCUAAAGACUCAGACUUUGACCCUCAUCCUGGCUGCAAACUGCCCCAGUACCUGUCUAGGGUCCCAGCUUCAUGAUCCUGUCCAGUAAAAUCCCAAACAGAAUCAGCGACAAGAGGAAACCCUGACAAAAGUCUGACUUUAUGCAGAGUACGCGGACACAGCUUACUCAAACUCCCAUAUUCCUGCAGUACCCCCUUAGAUUUUAAGCCCUCUCUAAGUCCAUUUAAAGGAAUAUACCAGCUUAAAAUUAAUUUAGGGUCAAACACACCGUGACACAGAGUUAGACACCCCCUCUAGAGAUGAAUGUUGCCGACCGCUUGCUUCUCUAGUUAUACCAACUUUAGUAACAACCGCACGAUAGCAAUACAGCGAGCCACGCGCUCAACCAAAACGCCACUCUAUAGCCACAAAUAAUGCUCAGAACAGCACCUAACUUCAUCAACAGUACAUAUAGGGUCCCAGCCAUAGUACUAGACACCAAGCAUCUUUUUAACUUUGACUAAUUUCUUUAGCAAAGAGACUAAAAACAACUCACCUACUCUCUUCCAGCAGCUGUUUGUUUGUAGCGAGACCUUGGGCCAGUCCAUUACAAAGUAAAGUCAAGUCAAAGUCAACUUUAUUGUGAUAUUGUGAUAUGCGAUUUAUAUGCGAUACAUGUUAAACAUACAGCACAGAUGAAAUUUUAGUCCUCUCAGACCCACGGUGCAUAACAAUAAACUAUAAAAAUAAAACUAUAAAAGUAUAAAUAUAGAAUAAACAACUAAGCUAAACAAAAGACUACCUUAAAUACUCAGAUUAAUUUACAAAAUAAAUAUAACAAUAUAAACAGUACAAUCAGUGUACAGUAUAAAUAAUUACGCAAUGCAGCGGGGUGACGCAGCUCAAGGAAGAACAUUUAUGAUAAUUUCUUCAUCAUUUCCUUGAAGUAAUAAUCACCAUAUUAAUCAUUUUGCACUGCAGACGCGGUAGUUCUUCUGUCUUAGCAUCUCAGUCUGAUUGUAUUUCCAUGAAGAAAUGAUCAUAAAUGUUCUUCCUUGAGCUGUGUCACCCCACAGCAGUCCAUAAUGGACUGACCUAAGGUCUCACUACAAAUAAGCGGUCUCACUACAAUAAGAGUAGGUGAGUUGUGUUUAGUCUCCUUGCUCAAGAAAUUAGUUAAAGUUAAAAAGAUGUUUGGUGUCUAGUACUAUGGCUGGGACCCUAUAUGUACUGUUGUUGAAGUUAGGUGCUGUUCUGAGCAUUAUUUGUGGCUAUAGAGUGGCGUUUUGGUUGAGCGCGUGGCUCUCUGUAUUGCCAUCCUGCAGUCGUUUAAAGUAACUAGAGAAGCAAGCAGUCGGCAACAUUCAUUUCUUGACGGGAUGUCUAAUUCAGUGUAACGGUGUGUUUGACUCUAACUUAAUUUACCGCUGGAAUAUCCCUUUAAAUAGCAGCUGAUUCACAUGUCAUUUAUUUACGUCUGUGCCGUAAAGAUGAUUUCAACAGGUCUGCGUUUUUGCAUUGAACUACAACAGAUAGAAUAUGCCAAUACGAAGAUCUCUUGGUGUUCAGACUGUAGUCACACUUCUCUACUUCACUUAGAGCUGCUCAGGUCUGCUGGUCUUUACGUACUCAAACAUGAAUGUGUAAACUGACAGGCUUAAAUCAUGGGGAAGCUCUCAGCAGGAUUAACCAUCAAAUCACCUCCUAUGAGUGUUCGUCUAUAAAAGCUUUUCCACCUCAUUGCCUCUCAGAUGAUCUCUGCAGCACUUUAGGAACAUCUGCCUAUGACCUUUCACCUCCUGUGUGUGAAGAUGCUAAGGUAAACAGUGUGUAUGUAUGUGUGUGUGUGCAUGUGUUUGUUCAGUCUGUCUCAGGAGCUCAGCAGUCCAGAUCAGAGUGCCGAGCUGAAGCUGCAGAGUCGAGCCGUGGAGUGGAAGAUCCCGAAGUUCACAGGAGGGACGCAGCUGUCUGCACUGUUCAAGGUGAGCACACAUGUCAGUGGACACAGGCCCUAAACCUAGAAGUAGAAACUGCCUUUAAAUAUAGAUGAUAACAGUUAAAUAGCUGCUAUUUAACAAAGACGACUCAGAUUGGAGAAGAAGAAUUAAACUCUGGUCUUUCCUCUUUGACUGUCCUCAGCUGGAGGUCCCCGGUCUAAGCUCAGCCUCCAUGUUGGAGGUCGGUCCGGUCGGCCUGAGCUUCGAGCUGCCUAAAGUCACUGUCACGGGACUUCAGAUCCGCUUUCUCCGCCUGACGCCCGUCCAGCCCGGCCCGUCACAGCGCUGGGUCCGCUACGUCACGCAUUCGGACUCCUACAUCAUCCGGGUUUGACUCUGACAUCUGGUCUCAGAGGAAUCAGAUGCCAAAGUCUGAGAAAGGCCCUUGAUAAGAAACGGUGGAUAUUUCAACCUUUUAUUACUUGAGAUGACUUGCUUUAAACUCUUAAGAAUUUGAAGUUUUAUCCAGCUGCAAAUCCUAAAACAUCUGUUUCCAUUUCACUAAAUUCAGCUGCCAGUUGUGCAAAUGUUGGUAUUUAUCUGCCUCCUUGUGCCUGAAUGUCUGUAAAUAAAUGUAAAGUCAUGUUUCA